UACAUGAGGCAACAUGAGGCGUGUUGAAAUGGAGCGUUUAACCCAUGAACAGUGAGUAACACUUCAUUCAGAGUUAUGUGAACAUUUAAAGUGUGGAAACAAUAAUCCGACCACGAUGAGCCUGAUGAGUCUCUGUAUGUGUCGGACCGUGAGCUUUGUGUUAAUCAGUAAUCGUUGUCAGCUGACCCACAUACUGACCUGCAGCUAAUCAUUAGACACACUGGACUCUGUUAGAGGAGCAGUGGGGGGUUUGUGGGUUUUGGGGGGUGACGUUAGACCUGCAGACUGAGUUUGAAUCUCUUCAUUCAGUUUCAGACAUUAUGGCUCAGCUGGUCGAGUGUGUCCCCAACUUCUCAGAGGGUCGAAACAAAGAGGUGAUCGAUGCCAUCGCAGCAGCCGUCUCCGGCACGCCGGGCUGCAGCCUGCUGGGAGUCGACCCUGGAGCCUCCACCAACCGGACGGUCUACACCUUCGUGGGCUCACCUGCAGCCGUGGUGGAGGGAGCGCUGAAUGCCGCCCGGCAGGCCUUCAGCCUCAUCGACAUGAGCACGCACUCAGGUGAGCAUCCUCGGACCGGAGCACUGGACGUUUGUCCCUUCAUCCCCAUCCAGAACGUUUCGAUGGACGACUGUGUUCACUGUGCUGACGUCUUCGGACAGAAACUGGCGGAGAUGCUGAACGUCCCCGUUUAUCUUUAUGGUGAAGCAGCACAAAAAGAAUCCAGAAGAAAUCUUCCGUCUGUGAGAACCGGAGAGUACGAAGCUUUACCUGACAAGUUGAAGCUCUCUGAUUGGUCCCCUGACUUCGGUCCUGCCGUGUUCGUGCCGUCGUGGGGCGCCACGGUAACGGGCGCUCGCAAGUUCCUCAUCGCCUUCAACGUGAACCUGAUCGGCACCAAAGAGCAGGCUCACCGCAUCGCUCUGGACCUCAGGGAGCAGGGCCGAGGGAAAGACCAGCCGGGGCUUCUGCAGAAGGUGCAGGGGAUGGGCUGGUACCUGGACGAAGCCAACAUUGCUCAGGUGUCCACCAACAUCCUGGACUACGAGGUGACCCCCCUCCACACUGUGCACCAGGAGGUCUGCAGGCUAGCUGAGGAGCUGAAGCUGCCGGUGGUGGGCUCUCAGAUCGUAGGCCUGAUCCCUCUGAAGGCCGUGCUGGACUCUGCUGACUUCUACAUCCAGAGAGACCGACUCUUCAUCGUGGAAGAGGAGCACAAAGUCCGGCUGGUGAUCAGUAAACUCGGCCUCGACUCUCUCGGUCCGUUCAACCCGAAGGAGAGAAUCAUAGAGUACAUGGUGAGGUCACAGGAGAACAGCCGGCUGGUGUCUCUGUCUCUGCAGCAGUUUGUUCAGAGUGUUGGCGCUCGAACGGCGGCUCCUGGUGGAGGAUCGGUUUCUGCUGCCGUCGCUGCUCUGGGGGCAGCGUUGGGCGCCAUGGUCGGUCAGAUGACUUACGGGAAGAGACAGUUUGAGAAGCUGGACAACAGGAUGAGGAGGCUGAUCCCUCCGUUCCAUCAGGCCACGAACGAGCUGCUGCUGAUGGUGGACGCCGACUCGACCGCCUUCAACAGCUACAUGGCGGCGCUGAAGAUGCCGAAGAACACCGCAGAGGAGAUGAAAAGGAGAGAGGUUGCGAUGCAGGAGGGGCUGCAGAGGGCGGUGGCUGUGCCCUUGGCUCUGGCUGACAGGAUCAGCGUCCUUUGGUCGCCUCUUAAAGAAAUGGUUGUCUACGGAAACAUUGCCUGCAAGUCGGACGCUCAGGUGGCAGCUAAAGCGUUAGAGACGGCUGUUUUCGGAGCAUAUUACAACGUCACCAUCAACCUCAAAGACAUCGCAGACGACGCCUUCAAGAUGGCUACUCAGAAGAGAGCGGCGGCGUUGCUGCAGGAAGCGAAGGAAAGCGCCGCUGCCGUCCUCCUCGCUGCCGAAGAAAGAAACUGAAGUUCUUCUACAACGUUUAACCUCAGAAUGUGUUUCAAUUAUUACUGUAGGGAUGCUAACAGGAAGCUAAAGAUAGGGAUGCUAACAGGAAGCUAAAGAUAGGGAUGCUAACAGGAAGGUAAAGAUAGGGAUGCUAACAGGAAGGUAAAGAUAACGAUGCUAACAGGAAGGUAAAGAUAACGAUGCUAACAGGAAGGUAACGAUAACGAUGCUAACAGGAAGGUAACGAUAUUGAUGCUGACAGCAAGCUAAAGAUAGGGAUGCUGACAGCAAGCUAAAGAUAGGGACGCUGACAGCAAGCUAAAGAUAGGGACGCUAACAGGAAGGUAAAUGAUGCUAACAGGAAGCUAAAAAUAGGGAUGCUAACAGGAUAUUGUUUAUGGAAAAGGUAUUUACUAAACUCAAAGGCUCUGAACGUCCUCAAUUUAGAUUGCCGAUACAUAAUGAAUCAAUAAAAACAAUACAAAUAGAUCAAUUAAUGUUCAAAUAAAUAUACAUUCACCCUUUAAACCUCCUCAUUGUUCAUUCAUGAAGUGUUUGGAUAUUGAUCAUCGCUGUAGAGAAACUAUCGGCCACCAGGUGGCAGCAGAGAACUCCAGUCUGACCGAACUCAUUCAGAAAUGUAGAAAUUAUGUUUUCUGUACUUUGCAAAUUAAACACAAACCUUAAGUAACAUGACGUGUGUGUGUGUGUGAGUGUGAGAGAGAGAGAGAGAGAGAGAGAGAGAGGGAGAGAG